AUCUGUUCCAGAAAGCCAUCAUCCAGAGCGGAACGGCCCUGUCCAGCUGGGCGGUCAACUACCAGCCGGCGAAGUACACCCGGUCUCUGGCCGAGAAGGUGGGCUGCAACAUGCUGGACACCAUCGACUUGGUGGAGUGCCUGCAGAAGAAAAAUUACAAGGAGCUGAUUGAGCAGUACGUCACACCUGCAAAAUACCACAUAGCCUUCGGGCCGGUGAUUGAUGGUGAUGUUAUCCCUGAUGACCCCCAGAUCCUCAUGGAACAGGGGGAGUUCCUGAACUACGACAUUAUGCUGGGGGUCAAUCAGGGCGAGGGCUUCAAGUUUGUGGAUGGCAUUGUGGACAGUGAGGACGGAGUGUCCGCCAACGAUUUUGACUUUGCUGUGUCUGACUUUGUGGACCACCUCUACGGCUACCCCGAGGGGAAGGACACGCUGCGGGAGACCAUCAAGUUCAUGUACACGGACUGGGCCGACAAGGAGAACCCAGAGACCCGCAGAAAGACCCUGGUGGCCCUCUUCACRGACCACCAGUGGGUGGCGCCUGCUGUGGCCACGGCCGACCUCCACGCCCAGUAUGGCUCCCCCACCUACUUCUACGCCUUCUACCACCACUGUCAGAGUGACAUGAAGCCCAGCUGGGCCGAUUCUUCUCAUGGUGACGAGGUACCCUACGUGUUUGGGAUACCGAUGAUUGGCCCCACAGAUCUUUUCAACUGCAACUUCUCCAAGAACGAUGUGAUGCUGAGUGCCGUCGUCAUGACCUACUGGACUAAUUUCGCCAAAACAGGAGAUCCCAACCAGCCAGUCCCACAGGAUACAAAGUUCAUCCACACAAAGCCGAACCGCUUUGAGGAGGUGGCCUGGACCAAGUACAACCCCAAAGACCAGCUGUAUCUACACAUAGGUCUCAAACCUCGAGUGCGAGACCACUACAGAGCUACGAAGGUGGCCUUCUGGCUGGAGCUGGUUCCACACCUCCACGAUAUCAACGGGCUCUUCCAGUAUGUGUCCACCACCACCAAGAUCCCCCCUCAGGACACCACCCCCUACCCUUACACCAAACGCUUCCCGGGUAAAAACAACUGGCCGUCCACCACCCGCCACCCGGGCGUCCCCUCAGUGAACGUCAAACAGACCACCGACCAGCGGAGGAGUGGCGACCUGACCAACGAGUCCACGGUGGUCAUCGAAACCAAACGGGACUACUCCACGGAGCUGAGCGUCACCAUCGCUGUGGGCGCCUCGCUGCUCUUCCUCAACAUCCUGGCCUUCGCUGCGCUCUACUACAAGAAGGACAAGCGGCGCCACGAGACCAACCGGAGCGUUCCCACCCCGCAGCGCAGCUCCACCCCGGCCAGCGCUCCGUCCACCACCAACGACGUGGCCCACCUGAACGAGGAGCUGGUGUCCCUGCAGAUGAAGCAGCAGCAGCUGGAGCACCAUGAGUGUGAGUCCCUGCAGAGUCACGACGCGCUCCGACUCGCCUGCCCGCCCGACUACACCCUGACCCUGCGCCGCUCGCCCGACGACAUCCCCCUGAUGUCGCCCAGCACCAUCACCAUGAUCCCCACCUCCCUGGCUGGCCUGCAGCCGCUGCACAACUUCAACACGUUCGCUGGCAGCCAGAACAGUAGCAACCUGCCCCACGGCCACUCCACAACACGGGUAUAGUUCAGRGGGUCGGGUUGGGCCGGCGCCAGGCACUGACACUGUGGCUGGCUGUGGAAAGCACAGACUCCAGAGUCCAAGCAGAUCUUAUUUUGUUACCUUGUUGAAYAGUAUAAAUCACAAACGUGUUCAGACUGAAUGUUCCUUCAGUGUUUGUGGAGCAGAGCUUCACUCAAGGCUUUUACUCAAAGAGAAAGACUGUUAAUAUUCUUAUAAUAUUUAAAACACAGGCAGACAUGCCUUUUUACCAGAGAAAAACAAUAGUUUGUCCAAAAGCAACAAUGGAACCUUCCUGCAGAGUACCAACACUGGCACAGACUUCUGCACUCCCGGCUCUAAUGUAUUUAUAAAACUUUACAUCAAAUAAAAAAGAAGAAAAUAAAAUAUAGAGCUGGAAAUAUAAAAGAGGAAGGAGAACAGAAGAACUCCUGUUCUUGUUUUGGUUGAGAGUUAUAGAGGUUUCUUUAGCUUGUGCUCAUGGUUUAUGUGUCUGUAAAUAUAUACAGAAAUGUUCAGUUUUUUCUAUCGCAGCCUGUGUUUCAACUGUUUGCUCUAAAAGACCAAAAUGCAGAUUUGAUCCCAUCAUAAAGGAGUUGCACCCUGUG